UCCUGCAGCAAAAGCAAAGAAACUUCUCAGCUUCUCUACCUAUAAACAAGAAAGAGACUCUACCCUUGGUGAAAACAAACAAACUUGAAAGUCUGAAACAACGCAAGGAGCACGGAUGGCUAAAGGCGAUUCUCAUGAUCUGAGUUCCCUUCUCAGCACUGGAGAGAGGGAUUUCCUCGUGCAUAACAACGGCCACCAGAUCAAAAUCGAUAGUCUCACCGGAAAAACCGUGGGGCUUUAUUUCUCCGGCUCAUGGUGCGGUCCAUGCCGACGGUUUACCCCAAUCUUAGCAGAGGUGUACCAAGAGCUCUCCUCGAAAGGCGAUUUCGAGGUCGUCUUCGUUUCUUCCGACAGAGACGAUGAUUCGUUCGGCAAGUACUUCUCCGAAAUGCCGUGGCUCGCCAUUCCUUUUGCGGAUUCGGGUGCCCGUCAACGCCUUAAAGAAUUGUUCCAGGUGAGGGGGAUUCCGAACCUUGUGGUCCUUGAUGGAACCGGAAAAGUUUUGAGCGAACGCGCCGUCCAGAUUGUCCGAGACUAUGGUGCAGAAGCUUAUCCCUUUACACCGGAAAGGAUCAAGCUGUUGAAAGAGGAAGAAGAAGCAGCCAAGCAGAAUCAGACCUUGCGCUCCAUUUUGGCUUCCAGUUCCCGCGAUUUUGUGAUUUCCAACGACGGAAACAAGACACCCAUAUCGGAGCUUGAAGGAAAGAUGGUGGGUCUAUAUUUCUCGGUUGGUUCACAUCCUGCAUGCCUCGAAUUUACUGCAAAACUCGUUCAAAUUUACAGGGAACUUAAGGAGAAUGGAGAGGCUUUUGAGGUGGUUUUGAUCUCCCUAGGUUACGAAGAGGAAUCCUUCAGACAAGACUUUGAGAGCAUGCCAUGGUUCGCCUUGCCAUUUAAGGACAAGCUGUGCGAAAAGCUAAUCCGAUACUUCGAGCUUCGAGCUCUUCCGACCCUGGUGAUAGUUGGGCCUGAUGGAAAAACUAUCAAUUCCAACGUUGCCGAACUGGUCGAAGAUCACGGUAUUCUAGCUUACCCCUUCUCGCCGGAAAAGUUGGAAGAGCUUGCGGAGAUAGAGAGGGCAAAACGGGAAGCUCAGACUCUGGAGUCAAUUUUGGUCUCUGGUGAUCGAGACUUUGUGAUCGGAAAAGGUGAUGCUAAGGUUCAGGUGUCCCAACUUGUUGGGAAGAACAUUCUCCUCUACUUCUCGGCACACUGGUGCCCUCCUUGUCGCGCAUUCCUACCAAAGCUUAUCGAGGCAUACCAUGAAAUCAAAGCCAAAGAUGAUGCAUUUGAAGUAAUUUUCAUAUCCAGUGAUCGUGACCAGAAGUCGUUCGACGAUUUCUAUUCUGGCAUGCCGUGGUUGGCACUCCCUUAUGGUGAUGAGAGAAAGCAGUCUCUGUCUCGCUGGUUCAAGAUCGAGGGUAUUCCUACUGUCAUAGCCAUCGGCCCCAGUGGCCGGACCGUCACCAUGGAUGCGAGAGCUCUUCUGAUGACUCACGGCGCAGCUGCCUAUCCCUUCACUGAUGAGCAUGUGAAGCAGAUAGAGGAACGACUCGAAGCAGCAAAGAAGGACGGGUGGGUCUGUGACGGAGAGGUUUGCCGUAAAGCUUGAGUUAGUUCGUUCCCUCUUGGCGUUGUCUAACCCUGUCAUGUUACCAUGUGGAGUGUGAAAAAAAAUAAGUAACGAGGGAGGUGUUGACCGAUGAGGCUAUGGUUUUAGCUUUUAGGGAAGAUUUCUCAUUUCUAUGCGUAUGUCUAAUCUUCUUCUGAAUUCUGAUGGAAGUUAAAUCCAAGAAUGUUUGCUCGUGCUAUAAAAUAAAUGAAAUAAUCUUUUAAACAAUA